AUGAUUAGCUCUUCUUCCAUCCUACUCCGACGACUUGCACUGCAACGUUCUCAUGGAACGAACGCAUUGGGCUGGCAAAUGAAUACAAUCACAACUGAGGAACAAGAUUCAUCGCAUCAUCAACCAACGGCUUCAUCUCCUUUGGAAGGUGAAGAAGGCGUUUAUCAUCGGGAUUCUCACAUUGUACAAGAAGAGGAAUCCAUAGAAAGGAGUAACAAUCUGACUGGAGUGGUUGGAAGGGAAUAUAAACCCAAUUCAAGGUAUAACUAUGAUGAAGAUUUCGAAUUAGAAGAGCGAACACCACUCAUAUCCACGAAUGGUCAUCUCGAAAAAUCAUUAUUACCGAGCAUUGAUGAUGUUUUAAAUUCUCGCUUUCAAAAUUUGGCAAACGUGAGAAAAGAAAAUGGCUUGAGAUUAAGUUUAAAAGAUUCUUAUGAAUUUUUUGAUGCAACAGGAACGAGAUUCUUGUAUUAUUCUCUCGAUCGAGAGGAGAGGCUAUAUUUUCCCAAUGUUGAAGACUUGAUAAGAUUCAUUCAGAAAGAUAUCAAAUUUCAAACAAACGCUAAAAAUUUGGAUCCAACAUUUGAUGCUUCUGAUCCUGAACUGCCGCAAUUUUGGAUUGAUUGUCAAGGAUUUACCAAUGAUGACGUGGACACAUUGAGAAUGUAUUUUAAUUUCGAGAAAAUAACAGCAACAUCUUGUUACAGUGAUCACUUUGAUGCAUCAGACAAAUGGGAGUGUUUUGAAGAUUAUUUCUUUGCAUCUUUGUGCGUUAGAGAAAAAGGCGAUGUAAGCUAUGAAGACAAUCCAACGGAGAAGCCGAACACAAAAUCUAAAACACUAUUUGACUUGUCACGAUAUUAUUUUCAUCGAAACAAAAAGAAACAAGAGGAUAAGGACAAGCGACCAAAACCCAAAUUAUAUCCCAGUAUAUUUAUUCAUUUACUUUUAUAUGAUCGAUGCAUUAUCACAUUUCAUGAAAAGCCGUUUAUUGCGUCUGAGAUUAUGCUCGAUCACUUGGAAAGACAAUAUUCAAAGAUUGGAGGACGCUCAAAGCUUAAGAGAGUUUACACAGGUGAGAGUAUCAAUAAUAGUGUAGACUCUCCUCACUUUUCUCAUUCGUAUGCUUCAAUGGCUAUUUCCCCAUCCACUAUUUUUCAUAGCCUGUUGGACGGUUUUAUUGACCGUAUUAUUCCUAUAGUAGAUGGAGUCGUGCGAAGCUGUGACAUGAUCGACGAGUAUGUGCUAUCAUUCUCGAGCGCCUAUGCCGGCAAUACAGUGAUCAAUGACAUUGCUGAUUUUAAAAGAAAAGUGAUUAUUCUAAAGAAGCUGAUUUUUCCAAAACAUAGAAUGCUGAUUUAUAUUGUUUCUCAUCAUCUUUCUACCUCAUAUUUCCAAGAGGAAGUCAAGAUUUAUUUGAGAGACAUUUUAGAUCACGUUUCGUUUUGCACUGAAAAAUUAGAUAUUGCCAUUGAUUCUCUUAACGAAUCUCACACAAAUUAUUUGACCAAGUUGCAAAUGGAGGUUUCUCAAGCUAUGGCAACAACAGACAAGUUUUUCAAUCGAUUGAGUGCCAUGGCUAUCAUUUAUGCUCCAUUGGCGGUAAUUGUAUCAUCAUUUGGAAUGAAUAUGCAAGUACCUGGCCAAGAGCAAAACGACCUGUAUUGGUUUUUUGGUAUUCUUUGCUUCAUGGGAAUUGUGACGGCUACUAUCAUUAUUCUAUUAAGAAAGAAAUUUAUUUAA